CUUGGAGUCACUCACAUUUCCAACCCAGCGUGUGAGAGCGUGGCAACACCCAUGAACUUCCUCAAGAAUACAGUCAUGGGCCUCGGCUCGGCAUUCACCUCCGGCGGCGUGGGAAGCUUGCCUUUCACCGUGACCGAUGCGGCCAGUGACGAAAGUCCAGUGCUCCCCGAGUUCACUUUGCUCAAAGCCAAGAGCAAGCAGGAUGGAUCGACUGUGUCCGUGUUCAAGUCGCAGGGGCCGCCGUGUACCCUCACACAGAACUGUCUGCGCCGCAUCAAAACAUUGCGCCAUCCCAACGUGCUAGCGUACAUUGACGGUACCGAGGUGGUCAACGGCAACGUGUUCAUUGUGACCGAAGAAGUGACGCCAUUGAAAUCGUUUUUGGACGACAUUCGCGCGCGCAACGGUCCUAACAGCGAAGAAGAGUCCCUCGCUGUGUCGUGGGGACUGCGGUCGAUCUUGUCGGCGCUCAAGUUCAUCAACAUGGACUGCAAGAUGGUACACGGUCGCGUGCAUCCCGAGAGUGUCUUCGUCACAAAGGGCGGCGAUUGGAGACUCGGUGGCUUCCAAUUGACCGGCGAACUGACCAUGGACGGGCCGUUCCUGCUGCAUCAUCGCUCGUCCGGGCCCAAAUCUCUCAUUGACCAAGAACUGCGCUACAAGACCCCAGAACACGCUCGCAGCGACUGGAGCAGCAUCGUGUCCUCAUCUCCGCAUGCCAUCGACAUGUAUGCGUUCGCAUGCACGGCGAUCCAUACCUUCCACCCAUCGUUUUCGUCUCCAUCGGACCUUUCCCGGAACGUUCCGUCGGGUCUCGCGGGGACCAUCAAGCGAGCGGCGGAUGCCACCGCCAGCCGCCGCAUCACGCCCGACCACGCGCUGCAAAUUGCAUACUUUGACUCGUCUUGGUUCAUUCGGCAAAUGCUUUUUCUGGAGCAACUGCCCAUCAAGUCGUCCGACGAGAAAGCCGACUUUUACAAGGAACUGGUGGCGUCAGUGGACUCGCUGCCCAAGCACACGGCGGUGUUCAAAGUACUUCCAGCAUUGAAAGCAGUGGUCGAGUUUGGCAUGGCGACGGGUGUCGGCGGCAAGGCGGCAACGUACAAGUUGGAUCCAUCCGAGAGCCAAAUGCUGCCGGCGAUGGUCAAAAUUGGCCACCACUUGCCGGUUGACGAAUUCAAAGCCCAAGUGCUGCCGACGCUGGUCAAGCUGUUUGGAUGCAACGACCGCGCCGUGCGCGUGCAGUUGCUACAGAUGAUGGACUCAUUCGCCGUGCAUUUCGACGCCAAACUCGUCAACAGCGCCGUGAUAUUCGACAACAUUUGCACAGGAUUUAACGACACGAUGCCGCUCCUGCGGGAACUCACGAUGAAGUCGGUGCUGCACAUUGCCGACAAGCUGUCGGACGCCAACUUGAACCAAAAGCUGAUGAAAUACUUUGCCAAACUUCAGGUGGACCCUGAGCCUGCGAUCCGCACCAACACGACCAUCUGCCUCGGCAAGGUCGCGACGUACAUGAAUGCCACGACGCGGUCCAAGGUGCUGCUGCCGGCAUUCUCUCGCGCGCUGAAAGAUCCGUUCCCUCAUGCGCGCAUGGCGGGACUGCGCACUCUGGUCGCAUGCGAUGUACGACCCUGCCGACGAAACAAACUGUUCAUGACUGGGGGGGUGCGUAGGAGUACUUUACGCUUCAAGACGUGGCAGCCUCGAUCAUCCCGUCCAUCUCUCCGCUCAUGCUGGACAUCUCCCCCAGUGUCCGCGACGAAGUAAGUACACUGUCGUCAUCUUGCUUGCAUAUCAAGAGUGCGUAUACAAUUGUAUAGGCCAUAGGAUCGAUGCAGCAAUACAUGGUCCAGAUCCAGCAAGAGUCGGCCAACAUGAAAGCCCGAGAACUCGAACAGGAAAAGGAAAGUCGACUGGCCAAUACCCCGGGGGACGCUCCCGUUGAGACGGCCGCUCCUCCGCCUGCGGCCUCCGGGAACCCCUCCACGGUCACGAGCUUUGACGAGAUAGAUGACUUUGCUGACGAUGGAUGGGGCCACGACGACUUGGACGGGCUGACGAGUCCACUCGCCGCCGCUCCGUCGCUUGCACCACCACCACCGUCUACCGGUAGCUACCCGUCGAGAGCAUCGCUUGGCGGCGUGUCGUCGGUUACACCUCCGAAACCAACUGAAUCACCUGCGUCGUACUUUGACGACUGGUCGACGAGUCAGCCUGCUGUCAGCGCGCCGCGACUUGGUGGCCUGUCGCUGAACAAGCAGCCACCCCCCUCGACUACCACCGUUGUAUCCGACGCAGCAUUCAUCAGCAACAAGCCUCGCAAGACCAUCCACGAGCGAAAGGUCGAAGCCAAAGCCAAGAAGGAACCGCUGGGAGCAUCCAAACUCGCGUCCAAGCCCAAAGGAGGAGACAACUGGGACUGGGAUAUGUAGAAUGAAGUGCAUGUGUGUUGGAACCACCUAGUCAUCGUAUUUCUUAUUGUACGUGGCCCAAACGAUCGGCUUGUUGUCCACACGUAGAUGCACAUCAGUACAUGGCCCCCAGGGGGACACUGUACGUGGCCUUCCUUACACAAGGUAAUGAACGCUACAAGCACAUGUCUACACCAGGUCUGCCGCCGGAGAUCUCGACUUGGAUCCUUCUGAAACGCCCCAUCAUAUGGAGCGUUGGUUCCAUGUUCUUCGUCGAGAGAAACCAAUCGCUGGUUUCCAC